AUGUCUACGCCCUCCACGGCGACUGCGACGCAUCCUUCGCAUCACCACCAGCAUUACGGAUAUCCCCAUCACCAGGCGUACCAAGCAAACGCAUCAUAUCCGACCACUACCGCCGCAAGCACCGCUCGUCUGGCCCCCUCGUAUCCUUACGCCGUCAACCCACCGACUACUACACUCCCUUUUGCCCAGUCUCCUAAACUGGUUCCUGCGGCAUCGACCCCCGUCACGAUGCCUCCAAGUCAGAAUGGACUUAGCACGGGCCCCUCGGGAGACAAUAGCAGGAGGAAGAAGCCGGAUUGGGGCGAGUUUUACAAGAAUGGCAUCCCCAAGGAGGUCAUUGUCAUUGAUGACACCCCUCCCCCGGAGCAAUCUCAUGCCGCCUCUCGCAGUCUUGCGACUGCUUCCACGGUCCCGGCCGCAAAUGGCAAUAUUGCUCCACAACCCGCGGGUAAGAGAAGACGGACUGGUAUCGAGACGGCGUACGAUCUAGGGUACUAUGAUCGUCCCUCGUAUUCGAUAAACCCGCAACAGUAUGGGGAGGAUUCGUCGGCGGCCUCGAUAUCGACAGACCGAACAACGUCGCUGCACACUACUGCCCCGACUUCUCUAGGCUCCCAGGGCAGCACCGGUGCCAAUAAUGGCAUCUACUAUGAGGAUGCCAGCAUCGGCCAGAAGCGAAAACGGGUGACUACCCGGAAGUCUGCUCGCGAUGAGCAAAAGCGGCGAGAGUUGGAGACGGCGGGAGAUGCUUUUCUGAGCUAUGUUCCUCCUCCCAAGCCACCGAUCAAGGCCAAGGAUGUCCCUGUGCCUGUCAUUCGUGAUUAUGGGAAUAGGAACGAAAAAUUUGACGACGAUGAUGGACAUUAUGUUGUGAACCCAGAUACCCCAUUGACAGAACGAUACUCAAUCAUCAAGUUACUCGGGCAAGGAACAUUUGGUAAGGUGGUCGAAGCGUACGACAAGCACCGAAAAUCUCGCUGUGCGAUCAAAAUCAUCCGCUCCAUCCAGAAAUACCGUGAUGCAUCAAGGAUCGAGCUCCGUGUGCUGUCAACUUUGGCCUCCAAUGACAAGCAAAAUCGAAACAAAUGCAUUCACCUGCGGGACUGUUUCGACUAUCGGAAACACAUCUGCAUCGUCACAGAUUUACUGGGACAGAGUGUCUUUGAUUUCUUGAAAGGAAACGGGUUUGUGCCUUUUCCCAGUAGCCAAAUCCAAAAUUUCGCCCGACAGCUCUUCACGAGUGUAGCCUUCCUUCAUGACCUCAACCUCAUUCACACCGACUUGAAGCCCGAAAACAUUCUCCUUGUGAAUAACGCAUAUCAGACGUUUACGUACAACCGAACAAUCCCCUCCUCAUCACAUGCAACGUCUCGGAAUGCACGUCAAAGACGGGUCUUGCUCGAUAGUGAGAUCCGUUUGAUUGACUUUGGCUCUGCAACCUUCGAUGAUGAAUAUCACUCGUCUGUUGUCUCAACCAGGCAUUAUCGGGCACCGGAAAUCAUCCUAAAUCUUGGCUGGAGUUUCCCCUGCGAUAUCUGGAGUAUCGGUUGCAUUCUCGUGGAGUUCUUCACGGGCGAUGCACUCUUUCAGACUCACGAUAAUCUGGAGCAUUUGGCGAUGAUGGAGGCUGUCAUCGGACAGCGUAUCGAUACCAGACUUGUCAGGCAAGUGAUGCAAGGCGGACGGACUGGGAGUACGAAUCAGUCAGCCAAAUACUUCAACCGAAACAAGCUGGAUUAUCCUAAUGAGGAAACGACGCGGCCUUCUCGCAAGUAUGUGAGAGCUAUGAAACAGCUUUCAGAAUUUAUCCCAGUCAACACCACUUUUCACCGGUUAUUCCUUGAUCUUUUGCGGCAAAUAUUUGUCUACGAUCCCAAGCAACGUAUUACUGCGAAGCAAGCUUUAAAACACCCUUGGUUUAAGGAAUCUCUGAUCGACGACGGUACUGAAGCUUUGCGGAUUGGGCAGCAAUUGCGGCGCACGACCACUACCACCACCACUCAACGCCCAUAGCCAACACACUCUUUGCGUCGAAUACCUUCUCACGCCUAGCUGUUGCGGCCGUUUAGGCCUUUACGGUUUCUCCAGACUAUGGAGCUAGCCUCCCUUUAGUUUUUGUAUGGGUACAUACACAGCGAUGAUGGAUGGUUUCAUUCUUUUUUCUUGGAUAAUACUUUUCAGGGAUGAUAUGGCAGGCGUGCUGCCAAUUGACGAUGACUACGGGAUCAUUGCUUUGCAGGUCUGGGCCACGAGGGACAUCGC